AAGCAAGCUCUCAAAGCCAAAACCAUCGCGCGCGCCACAUUCCAGCUUCGAUCCAGCUUGCGCAAUGGCACCUAGAGCGGCUGUUCUCCUCCUCACCGCUGCCGUGGCCGCCGCGGCGUGCGCAGCCGCCUCCGCCCAGACCAGGCCCGGCAGGCUCGUCGUCUCCGGCGUCGUGCCGUGCAACACCGGCACGCUGAUCGACGCCGCCACCUCCCCGGCAUUUCCAGACGCCAAGGUGGAGCUGCGGUGCGGCGGCAGCGUGGUGGCGCGGGCGACGACGCGCCGCGACGGGUCAUUCGAGAUGGAGGCGGACGCCGUGGCCGGCGCGCUGGGGGCGCUCGUGGGCGCCUGCCAGCUGGUGGUCGAUACGCCGCUGGCCAAGUGCAACGCCACGCUGCCGGCGGCCGGGGCGCUGGUGUCCGGCCUGCAGGGCCCGCUGGCAGGGAUGCUCAGCGGCGUCUUCAGCCUCGCCCCCGCCGGCUUCUCCUUCCGCAUGAACUGAUGUGACCACGAUGACCUCUAGGAAACCUG